AUGUCUUCUCCACCAGAGCCUAUUACUGAUAUUGAUGAAAUUGCUUUGAACAAAAAAAGAGGCAGAGCACAAUCUGUAGAACCUGCUCCCUUACAGGAAUUAGAUAGCGAGCAUCAUGCGAGCGAAGAUGCAUCAUCUACCACAGUGUCAGCUCCCAAAAAGACUAAGCGCGAUGACGAAGAUUCAAGCACCCACAGCAACAACACGACCACUGUCAGUACCAUUCGUAAAAACAUGAAGGACAUGACAACCACUGAUAAAAACUUGGCUGAAAGUGCCAGUACUGCUACCAGCAUCAGCCAAGAUGACGAAGAGGUAGAUGACGAACCCAUGGCUGAACAAGACAACUCACUUGCCAAUAAGUUUGGCGGUGGUAGCAAGAAGCAGAACGGCGGUGGUGAUGAUGAGGAUUGGGGAGAAUUUGCUCAAGAUGAUGACGAAGAGGAGGAUACUAAGAAGGAUCAUACAGCAACAACAAAGGUUGAGGAUAAGCCUAAAUACACGUUUGGCGCUUCUUCUGGUUUUGGUACCAAGGGUUGGGCAGCAACACAUCAAACUAUACCCACACCAUCAAAGCAGCCAACGUUUGGUGGUUUCGGAUCUUCUACUUCGAGUAUUUCCUCUGGCGUUGGAAGCAGCAGUGGCGGAUUUGGAGGAUUCAAAUCUUCUAUAUUAUCAGGCAGCAAGGAGUCAACAUCUGCACCCUCGUUUGGCUCAUUCGCAAAGGCUACUGCUUCACCUUUUGCUACUGCAGCGGCAGCUGGAAAUGCAUUCACAUCAUCCUCACCAUCCACGACAGCAGCAGCAUUACAAACUGAUUCUUCACACAACAACACAACCACUGCUGCUGUGGAAUUUGUGCCCAAAGACAACAAUAGUAAAAAUCAUGCUGAUGAGUCCAAUGGGAAUAGCAGCGAGAGCGAUCAAGAACAAACAACCAGUACACCAGCUACAUUUGGAGAAGGAGCCAAGGUCAAAGUACCUGGUGUUGUUCAACAAACCCAAGUAACCACAGGAGAAGAGGAUGAAGAUACUAUUUAUCAAACUAAAGCCAAACUACUCGUCUUGGAUACUACUUCCGGCAACUGGAAGGAGCGUGGUGUAGGUACAUUCCGUAUUAACAUGAAGGAGGAAGAGGCCAAAAAGGUGUUACAAACUCGUCUUGUCAUGCGCACGGAUUCAGUCUACCGAGUUAUUUUGAAUCUGUUGCUUUUCCAAGGUAUGAAGGUCUUUAUCAUGCAAGACAAGUUUGUUAGAUUUGCAGGAUUCGAGACAGAGGUCAAGGAAGACGGCACAUCUGAAACCAAGUUGGUUAGUUUUGCUCUUAAAUUAAGCAAUCCUUCCAUUGCAAAAGAAGUGUGUGAGCAAAUUAUUUCUUGUAUCCCUCGUAGCAGUAGUAAUGGCACUGGUAGUGAUAACGAUGAUUCAAAAGCAUAA